UGGCCGUAAGGUGAAGGUUGUUGCAGUGGGUUCAUUAAAAGACAGAGUUCAACUCCUCGCUGCCGCAGAGCGUUGUUGGGAGGCUGGUUCGGCGGCUCCUGAAGAGAGGGGGGAAAAAAAAAAAAAAGAAAGAAAAAGGGAAAGGAAAAAACCAAAGAACUAGAAAAGGGAGAAAAUCGGCAACUACUUGAAGACUAAGAGGAGCGGGGCAAAAGCGGCGGAGGGGACGGCGGGAAGGAGAAGCAGGCUGCGCGCUGCCGAGGCCUGGCGAGGAGGAAGGAUGAUAAACGUGGUGUCCGUGUGGCUGGUGGCCCUUUGCUUCCAGGCUGCUGUCCCGCAAACUACAAAUCUGAACCUUCCUCCUGAAGACCUUGAUUCAUCUGGUGAUGAUGACGAUGCGUUCUCAGGUUCAGGUGCAGGUCCUCUGACCGACCAGUCUCACACCUGGAAAGUCCCAGAAGAACCCACUAAUUCCUCGUUACUGGCAACACCAGUGGAUUUCAAUGAACAGCCAUUUCCUGGGACUGAGAGCCGAACUGAAAAGGAAGGAAUAUCUCCUUUUGUAACUAGUAAGGUAGUGACAGAGGAGCCGGUUGUAGCAUUGAAGGAUGAGGUACUCAUCAUGGGCUCACCUGAUGAGAAACCAACAAGUGAUGCUGUUACCACAACAGUGAGAAGCCCCACUACUCACUUCCCUUCAAUGAUUCAUGUAACUCCUUCAGAAGCCUUAGACACAGUCCAUGAGCUCGAAACUAAAAUCCCUAGCUCUGCUGGCCCAGACACCAAAGAUGUGCCUCAGCCUCACUCUACUGUCCGUCACGAGGGAGAUGUGGCUGCCAACCCCACGACAACAGCUCCAAAGGAUGUUGUUCCUACACCUGAGGAGACUCCUGAAGAUGGUUCUGGAGACCCGGGAGACUUCAUCCUGACGAGAGAUGAGGACUCAGUCCCCACCCAGAACUCAGAAGUACCAGCUGACUCCGGGAGGAAUGCCAAAGCAGCAGGAGCCUCGGGAAUUAUGGACAGAAAAGAAGUUCUUGGAGGUGUUAUUGCUGGAGGACUAGUAGGCUUGGUGUUUGCAGUGUUUCUAGUUGUGUUCAUGCUGUACAGAAUGAAGAAAAAAGACGAAGGCAGCUAUUCACUGGAUGAACCAAAACAGUCUAAUGGAGGAUACCAAAAACCACACAAACAAGAAGAAUUCUAUGCAUAAACACUGAUGUUCAGGACAAUUCUUAUUCCAUCUCUCUUGGACUCUUCUCUCCCUGCACGUGGACCUCCUAGUGUGCUUUGCAUUAAACUUAAGCCAUAUGAUCGUUGGGUUCUUGGCCCUUACCACUUUGCCAUGGAAAUUUUAUAACUACAAAGUAGAUCUGGAUUCAUUGAACAUUCCCUGCUUUCUUGCACAACUUUCUUUGGUUUUUGUUUAACAGAAGUGGGACUGCAAGUUCCUAAACUUACUUUGAUUUAUCUAAAGACUGCUGGGGCAGGCGAUGGGGAGAAGAUAAGGGAGCACUGUAUGUACAAACCUCUUGGUAUUUAGGGAAAGGGCUAGCAGGAAUUCUCAGUGCUCACAUUCUGUUUAGCAGGGAUCCUUCCUAUUUAACUCGUAGAUGUGUCUUAAGUGUAAGAUAUGACUGCACUGGGCAGACAUGUGGCACACUGCAGUCCUCUAGCUCUUUCUAACUGCCAUAUUUGGAGCACUUAACGCCCUUGAAACAUCAAGCUGAACAUGUUUCCUAGUGAAAGGAGAUGUGAGGGGCAGGGUAAGCAAAUGACUGUCAGUUGGUUUAAAAUAAUUUGUAUUUUGCAAGCAUUAUCCCAUACUUGGAGCCAGCUCCUAAGCAAUUGGUGCAUACACCAAUACAAAACAAACCCCAAAAUGAAGCGGAGAGUUUGUUUUUACUAAUAGCCUUGGACUGUCCCACUACCCUUUUGCUCUUUCUAGGCUUUGGUAAGAAACAGAUUUUUCUAAGCAGUCCUAUCGCAGACAUUCCUUCUUCUUAGGUGCCGAAUCUAGGCUGGACUGUCGUGCUGCAAAUGCCUUUGUCCUGUGCUGCUGCGUAGUGGCCGGGUGAGUGAUGCUGUAUUGUAGCACCUGCCUCCCUGUGCCACUUCCAGGACUUGUCUUGGAAUGUCGUCUGCCAUCUGUGCCACAGAAUACCAUGGCACACAGGGGUAGAAGGUAGAAAGCAGCAUAUCGUGACUUGGCAGCUAAAGAUUAGAGAAGCAGAGCAUCUGAAAGAAGCCCGAUGAAGGCUAAGUGUAGAUGGCCUUAGGUAUAUGCAACGGUUGGCGUGCUCGACUCUCACGACUCUGGAACAGCUCUUCAGAAGCUGUUCCUGCACUUUGGAGAGAAGCCAUUCCAGGCAUGUCAGGAUAGUAAGGGCUGAAGAGCACCUCCUGAGGAAAGUCUGGAUGCCUGAAGCUGUUGGCAGUUAUGGUGCUGUCAGAUGUGAGGCACUGAGGCCUCAGUGAGGGUCUGGAGUUACCCAGAGUAUCUCAAAUUGACUAAGUGUGGUGUUCUGCACAAGCCUUACUUCUGCUCUGCCUUUGGUUAGCUUCUUGCAAGUUAAGUUGCUCAUCGCUCAGUGCAGAAGGUGUGGGGCGGGCAGAGAAGUGUUUACAACCCUUAUAAAUAUUUGUACUGUAGAGCCAGAGGGAGUGAUUGGAGACCACUGCAACAGUAACACCCAUGUAACUGAAAUGAAGUAUAGAACACUCCUGAGCUGCUACGCAGCUAAAAUUGGUGCCUUGUCUGCAAACCUAAGGAAAAACAAACCACUUCUUGAUUCCAAACUCUUCUUUAUGCAUAAGGAAAACUUGUGCAUACUUGUAGCUGCCUGUUGUUAAGUAAAGCUGCAAAGUCCAUUAUGUCUUUUUUUUUAAACUGAAUGAAUUUUUAUAGGUUAAUGCAAUGACCAGAUGGUGUUAAUUUCAGCUGUAAUUCUUUGCUUUGUAUAGGAAUGUAGAAAUGUUGUUUGAUAGGUUUAUCUAUGAAAAGGUUCUUGUAAAGCACAGGAAGAUAAAAGUGGUAAACUUCAGUUGUACCUCACAACCUUGCUAGGGGGAAAGGAAAAAAAAAACCUGUAUAUUUUGGUAGUCUAAACUGACAGUUUGUGAAACAAACAUGACAUUCUGUGUUAUUUAAGUGGUACAAAUGAAAUACGAGUUCUAACAGAAGAUGCAACAUUUGGUUAUCUGUAUGCCAUGUAAAGGUAUACUGCAAUAAAUGAUGUUUUGGCAAGAA